AUGCAUCGCACCCGCAAAAAGCCCAAGCGUGGUCGCAAAAAGCGAGAUGCCACAGAUGUUGACAUGCCUGAGCCACCAUCGAGCAGUCUGGAAGAAUCAGAUAAAUCUGAGGAUCCCAAAGAUCCUGAACAAGCUGAGCCUGCUACUGAGGAAGAAGCAGCCCCUGCUGGCGCCACAGCAUCGGCUGCAGCUGCUGGUCAUUCGACCGACGAAGCUGAGCAUAGUGCUCAAACUGGGCGUUCAAAGCCUCCUUCUUCUGCUGGUUCCAAGCGUGAGAGAGCUUCACAUGCGUCAAAGGGUUCACGAGCUUCCCAAUUGUCUCGUGGAACUCACAAGUCUGACCAAGAGCGUGACAAUCGUCGCAUGAUGGAGAUGCUUGGAUCCCUGGAACAUGGACAUUUGAAGCCGAAGCCUAUUUUUCCUCAAGCAAUUCUGGGUCAUUUAUUCAUGCGUAAGUUUGGGUUGAACCGUGAGCAACGAGCUCACAUCAUUCGUUCUACAAAUGGAUCAUCAAGACUGGAAGAUGUCGAACGUAUUGUUCGAGCCUCUGACUUAGAAGAAUUCCGUUCUGACGAUCGCAGACGAGAGGAACGAAAGCCCAUCAAGCAUGCCAGAAAAGAUGCCUAUGCUGUUCAGGCUGAACAACAAGUUUUGGUUGCAGAUGAUCAUGACUCCUCUUCAGACAUCAUGAAUCCUGAAGAUGACUUGGAGUCCGAAUCUGAUGAUGCCUUAGCUGUUGAGCAAGACGCUGGUGAUAGCACAAAUGAAGAGUUACAAGAGAUCUAUGAAGUUCAGAAAAAGGCCAAGAGAGAGUUCCGAAAGAAUUUCAAGACCUACAAAGAAAGUCGUAAGAAGGUUCGGGAGAUCAAGAAGAGCCGAACACCAUACCUGCCUGUGGUAGCCUUGAAUCAGUCUGGAGAAAAUGCCUCCUCCAGCCAAGCUCCUGUAGUCAAGCAAAACUUUGGGUAUGACCGUAAACCUUCUGGGAAAUCUGCCCCCAAGAAGAAGCCUGAUUCACGAUUCUCUGGAAAGCGUGAGGAAGCCAAUCUCACCACUUCUUCGGUGGUUGCUGAGCAGUUUUCCUACAUGGUGUCUUCACGGAGUUUGACUGAAGAAAUCUGGUUGACUUCUGUUCCUGAUGGUUUUGCAAUUAUUGACACAGGCUGUACGACAUCAAUUGUUGGUUCUGAAACUGCUGAACGAUAUAGCCAAUACAUGCAGUCUCUACAUUGGCCUGCCCCAAUUUCCUGUCAGCUGCCGCCCGUGGAGUUGAAAGGCUUCAACGGGAACCGUGAGGUUUCCACUGAUGGUUUGAAAUGGACUGUAAAGCUGGGAAGUUUGUGGGGAACUAUCACCACUUAUGUCAUUCCAGGUGCUGCACCUUUCCUUUUAUCUCGCCGAGUUUUGGAGGGUAUGCAAGCUAGAUUAGACCUGGGAAAGCUCACCAUCACUUCAGAAAAGCAUGAACUGUUUGAUGCACCCCUUCGACAAGCAUCCAAUGGUCAUUUGCUCCUGCCGUUGAUGGUUCAGCAGCCUGAGUUUGCAACCAAUGAAGAGUGUGCCCAUGCCGAGCACCUCGUAGAGACCAAUGAGCCCAAUACCAAUCAGAGCCCUGAGCAUUCGCAUUGCCCUUCGCACUUCCAGGACCAGGGUUGUCAGAAGCCACCCAAUAAAGGACCUGUCCGCCGUCCUGUCAGUCAAGUGAACGUAAGCCUGUUUGCCUACGUAGCCCUAGGUUCCACUGAGGAUCAUCAAAGCUCCUCAGGUGAUGCGCACCAUGAUCACCACUGUUUCUGCUGCAGGGAGUGUGAUUCAGAGGGCGAGGAUUUGAACCUCCAAAAUGAUGAUCAAGUAGGGGUCGAUACCGAAGUACUUUAUGGGGAAGAUGUGGAUUGGAGCAACCUGCCCAAUAAGACCAUAGACCCUGAAGAUCUAGAAAAGUUGAAAAACAAUAUCCAAAAGCUUAGGUACACCUAUGCACAGUUUCUCAUGACACGUUUGUUAGGAGAUCCCAAAGUCAUCCUUGAAGAGUUAAGUGAUUGGCUAGGUCCCCAAGCCCACAAACUGCAUGAGACAGUGUCGCUGAUCGAAGUGUUCACCGGCAAAGCACCACUGUCCGACCGGACUGAACACCAGUGCCAAACUUCGUGCAUUCGUAUCGGCCUCGACCAUGGACAAGACCUGAACAAACAUGAUGAUCGCAGAAAGCUUCUCCUUUUAAUAGCAUACUGCAAGCCUGCCGAUGUUUGGAUAAGUUUUCCUUGUGGUUGUUGGGGUCCAUGGAGCCGCAUGAACAUGCACCGUAGUGCCGAGCUGUGCCAAGAUGUUUUGGAUGCAAGACGUCAAGCGCGACGCCACCUUUCUGUCGUGCCUGAAGUGUGGAAUCUUCAGCAGUCCUUGGGUGGACAUGUACAUGUUGAGAACCCUCUCACAUCCGAUGCCUGGAAAGAACUUCGUUUGCCUCAUGCCUAUGUUGUUCGCAUCGACCAGUGUAGUUUGGGUCUCCGAUGUGUUCGCACCAAUUUGCCUGUACUAAAGCCAACCAGAAUUGUGACCUCUUGUCGAAUGAUGGCUGAACGUUUAGUCCAGUGUAGGUGUGACCAUCGCCACCAGCAUGCGCAUUUGGAAGGUAGUUACAAAGGUAAGCCACUGACCUCCUAUGCCGAAACAUACCCAAGAAAGAUGUGCCGAGUGAUUGCUGAAGUCAUCCACAGGCGUGUUCAGAGCCAAAAGCCUUCUCUGGACAUUUUUGCCGAAUUUGACGAUGAAUUGGAAUCUGCUGAUCCAGCAGAGCCUGCUGAUGUUGUGAGGGCGGAUGAAGAAUCAACCGUUUCCAAACAGCGUAUCCAAGCCAUGAUACGCAAACUCCAUGUGAACACCGGGCAUGCCUCCAAUGAGCAACUUUUGAGGUCAUCCGACUAUUGGCAAAAACGUGCUAGGGGCAUGUCACCACUGGGUUCACUGCAAGAGGGUCCCAUUCCUCAUAGGGUUACUUUUGAUGAAACAAAUCCCGAUGAACCCCCAAGUAAGCGUAGAGCAGUGUUGGAAGAUAUCCCUGAAGAAGAAAUGGAAGAGGUUCCUGAGCCACAGGAUGAUGGGUAUUCUCCUUCACUAGCGCCUGAUGAUGCAAUGCCCGAAGCUCCCAUGGAGCCAGACAUGCCAGAGUUGCCACCUGCAGCCCCAGAUGACGUGUCCAAUUCACAUGACGAAGUCAUGGAUGACCAGCCGCCAGAGCACUCAGUUUCCAGCGUGCCGGAACCUAGCACUAGUGUUGAGCAACAAUUAGAAGAAGCCAUUCAUCAACCUGUCCCUGAAGAUGAUGAACUCAUGGUUGAUGUAGGGUCUGAAAAGUGCCGCCGUUCCGAAAGCGUGUUGGAAGUUUCGCUGAACGUAUGUCGAGACGACAUUUCCGGCGAUCAUUUGUGUCUGUGGCAUGUGCUUGAUGAGUGUCUCCAAGUUUCCACUCCAAAGGCCAAGCUCCGAAGGGUUGAAGUCAGCUACAGAAAGUUGUCACCUUCUGAUAAGGAGUUGUUCAAAAAGGCAAUGCAAAAAGAGUGGCAAUCUUGGGUUGAUAACAAAGCCACCAAGCACCAGCGUGUGACAGCAAUGUCAGACUCAGUGCAAGGACCACUGAGUGAACCUGAGAUGCAUAUGGCCGGUGGUUUGCUCGCCCGUGCCAUUACCUACGGACAGUCUCAAAGGUUGUCCAAGGUGAUUUUCAAUUCGAUUGGUGGGAAGCCGCUCGCAGUCAAUGCCUAUUACUUCCUGAAGCACACUGGAGAAGAGGUCGGCACCAUGGCCGAUAGUUCAAAGCGCCAGCGUGAUUUCGAUUUGGAAAGUCGGGAUAAUGUGACGGAGUCAGGUGUGAAUUCCCCGGCUGCUUCGAGCCGUGCUGGAUAUCCUGAUAUCUCCUACCAAGGAAUGAUGCCACAUGUUGAGCCGCCAUUUCCAGGGUCUGGGAAAGGAUUCACCAAUGAUGAAGAUGUGACGAUUCCCAUGCCGAAUGAUGUGGCGAAUGUGGAUGAAUGGUCGCAGACCGUGCUCAAGCUCCCCAAGGUCGCUGAUCUCAAGAUCACCUAUGGCCAGUUUCUUGAGCGUGCAAAGAAUGAUCCUGAUCUCUCCAAGUAUACCAACUACAUCAUCGAGACGUUUGGCCCCCAUGUGAAGAACAAAAAGACCACCAGCUACACCCAGGGUGUGGAUUUUGCCCAUUUCCUGUGCCGUGUCAAAUAUGUUCAGCAAAGCCAUGGAGGUGGAUUCAAGCGCGAAUUGCGCAAGUGA